AUGGUAAAUGCAAACGAGUGGUUAAAUAAAACAAUUCCAGCGGAUAAAAGAGAACAAGCAACAACUCUUUACAUUUAUCGCAAAUGCCAAUGUAACAUAUCAAUUUUUAAAGCACCACUAUUUGGGGCGAAGCCCACAACAUCAUCACCUGCAACAUUAUUUGGGGUGAAGCCCCCACCAACACCUGCACCAUUAGUUAGGGCGAAGCCGUCCGUAUUGAUGCCGCCUACAACAGUACAGACGCCGUUCGGAUCAACAUCGUCUACAUCUAGUCUAUUCGGAUCCAGAAGUAACAUUACAGUAACGCCCAACCCUAAAUUAUUCAAACCCAUCACGGCACCGCCUGUACCUGUGUUCGGAAUUCCAUUUGGAAAUGAAAGGCCCACUAAGGGAGAUAAUGACAAUUAUUGUCAAAUUUGUAACACUAAUGAUCAAAAUAACUGUUCUUAUGCUCCAGAUUAUUAUUUCUAUAAUGUCAUUUUGGAAGGAGACUUGGAUCUUAAUGAAUUUGUUAAUUUGAAGAUACUAUAUAUCGAAGGUACUGAACAGGACAAGAAACAACAACAAAAAUUAACUAGUUUAAAAAUUGAUAAAUGUAUUAAUUUGACACAUAUUACAAUUAAUAAUACUACUCUUGGUUGUUUAAGUUUAGGUUGUAAACCAAAAUUACAAUCUACAAAUUUCUUUGGCAACAAACAACUCAUUUUUCGUGAUAGUAUAUUAAAAAAUCAAAUAGAAAAAUUGUCUGGUUUAAUUCUAAAUACGACGAAAAACAUUAGCCUUAAUGAUUUAAGAUUAGAAAUUAAGAAAAUCGAGGAGGAAAACUUAAAGUGCUUGAUAGAUAGUACUAAAAGUAAUUUGGAUGAAAGUAAUCAGUCAUGGUUAGACAGUUUGUUGGAGGCUCAACAAGAAGUUUUACAUAGCAACAACGCUUAUGCUCGCAAUCAAUUAGAUAGAUGUAAAAACAUGUUGAAUAAAGUGUUAACUGUUGAAGAUAUUCAAGAUAUUUUAGGCAAAUUAAUAGAAAUUAAUGAAUUGGAAACUCAAUUAAAUAAAGCAUCUUUGAAAGAUUAA